GUUGGUAGGUGCUGUCGGUUUUCUCGACUUAAGUCGACCUAGGAAGCUCUACGAGUCUCCCGGCGGUAACCGUGGUUGCUUGGCUCAAGGCGUGGUUGCUCAAGGCGUGGUUGCUCUUCGCAUCCGACAGGGGUUUUAAACUCUGCCUGGACCUCGCCUCCAGUUUAGAGCCCCUACGCCAGCAAAGCUUGUGUUCCGCUUACGUUACGAGGGCACGCACGCAGUCAAGCGCAGACUCCGUGACAGCCAUCACGGUGCCCGAUCUCUGCACUCUUGCCAGUUUUCAAUCGUGUGUGGAUUUGUUGUGCACUCAGGACGCAUUACAGAUAACAGAUCUCCAGAUUGGUUGCAGUUUUCUUUUAUUCUCUAAUCGAUGUUGUCUUCUCUUGGUGGACCCCCUUGGUAUUCAUACUCAAGUGAGCGGUCUCAGAUAAGUCACGACUGGCAUGCAUGUUACAACACUCAUACUUCCCCUACUCUGUCCCCCGUGUCUGGUCCCAAAUCGAUCAGUUGGAAGCGCAAGACCCGUAGAUUGACUCUGGCUGCCUGGAGGCAGAUUGAGGUGGACUAUAGCUUGUUUACCGUUCCGUUCGACACCACACGCGCUCCCGCCACAAUCUAUCUGGCUGGUGCCCUCGGCGAACAUGUUGGUCCUUCGCAGGUGCAUUCUGACGGCCUCAGUUCUUCCGCUCAAGUUUUCAGGCCUAGCGGUCCAGUGGUGGGCAGUUCUUCCGCUCGAGUUUCAGGCAGGGAAAGAGGCGACAAGAGGGGGCGAGAGGAAAGCGAUGGCCGUUCUUCAAACCAGGGCAGUGCUUUAAAUCAUGGCAGUUAUUCAAUUCAAGGUUCUUCCAAUCAAGUUUCUUCAAAUCAAUUGGGCAGUUGUUCCAACCAGAGCAGUCCUUCAAAUCAAGGUUCUUCCAAUCAAGUGUCUUCAAACCAGGUUGGAGCUUCGUCAGAGGUUGGUGCGAGUGCGGACCCAACAGUGGAAGCUUCGUCAGAGGUUGGAGCUUCGUCAGAGGUUGGCGCUUCGACAGAGGUUGGAGCUUCAAAUCAAGGUUCUUCCAAUCCAGUUUGCUCCAAUCAAGUUUCUUCCAAUCAAGCUUCGUCCGAGGUUGGAGCGAGUGCGGACCCAACAGUGGAAGACAGAGAUCCAGAGGAGAUGUGUGAGGAGAUGUUUGAGGAGAUGUUUGAGGAUGUAUGCCAGCAUCUCCUUCCGAGGCCACAUGUGGACCCGAGUCGACUGCGAGCGUACAUGAUGUUGUUUCCAAAAUACCAUGACGAUGGGGAAUCGAGUGAUAGUGAGUUCGAAAGUGCGCAGACUGAAUGGGUUGUCGACUUCUUAGCGGCUUACACAAGCUGCCCUCGGGAGGAGAGGGAUCAUUUCUUGCACGAAUGGGCUGACCUCCUCGAGUAUGGAUGUUAUCCCGACAUGCUCCGAACCCUCCAGGACAUAGUCGCACACGAUGGGCUUGCUAUUCAUUAUCGGUCUCUCGCACAACACUUCCUUGGACGCCUAUUGGAGACGAUGGAUUAGAGUUAUCGCUGUGUUGGUUGAAACGUUAUUGAACUGGCUCCCAAAACUCAGCACGGGUUGAAGCGACCCUUUUCUGCCCAAUGGGAGCUUAUCUUCUUGGGACUUCGCAUAUAUACGGUUAGGGUGUUUCCUUCCCUUCCAAACGUUUGGUCUGCCUGUUGGUCGGUUGUGGCUGAUUUCGGAACAGUGUGGAUCUCCCUCAAUAAUCAUGUGUAUCCAAAGUUUCGUGUUGGUAACCUCUUGUAUACUGGAGUUGCGUAAUUGUUGACCGCUUUAGUGUAAUGUGGCUUCUGCACAUGUUGCUUCAUGUCAUAUUCUAAGGCUUCGCCUUGUUGUGCACUCCCCGUGGUGAGACGUUUACUAACUAGCAUCCCUUGUAGGUUGUCCGCUGUCUCGCUUUUGGCGAGUCGUGGAUGCUUCGUGUUGGAUGGCGAGCAUCUGCUCCGCUGCUGCGGACCUGAAUCUUGAGCGGGGACUCCUCUGUCCCUGUGGGCUCCGAGCAAAGCAAAAACCAAGAUUACCGCUGGACCUUCAUAGAGCUCUGAAUAGACCGAAUUCGCUACGAGAUAACAAAGUAUUAUUUAGCAGUUGCCGGAGAUCUUAGCACGCCUCUGGCCCGUUUUUUUGGGCCAGUUCCUCUGCUUUUGGGUGUGCCUCAAUAUGUCGCCAUGGCACCAGGUCGUUUUUAACCUCGGGUGGGCUGUGUGGUUACAGCUCGAACGUCGUCGCGUAAAUGGAAACAUUUUUACCAGUGACCCGGCGAGGCGUUCUCAAACGAAUGCCGUGGCGAACGCUGUGGGCGGCGCCAAGAUGGAGCUUUGCGUGCGCGUGAAGCAAAAAUUCCUACCGGGGGAAUACGACGUGCAGGUCGUAAGCGCUAAGAAGCGCCGUGUUUCGUAGGUGGCUGCGCGCGCCGUGUGCGAGGUCGGGGCGAGAGAGCAGAGG